AUGCUAAUUAACGUCCAAGACGCUCAAUCUCCCUACCAGUCCUCGGCCCAAGACAUCCUUCGACCACUACAGGACACAGCCGAUCGCGUCAGCAAACAGGCGGAAGAUUUUGCAAAAGCCCUGGAUAAAUUCGUUGUCAAUCGAGCGCCAACCGAUCAAUCUCUUUGGGAGGACGCUCUCAUACUUUUAGAGCGCUUCAGCAAGAUUGCCGAUAAUCGAAGACAGAAGACACCCGCCAACGAGUCUGUUGCACAGAUCCAAAAGAUCCAACUCGAGAACGAUCUCUGGGUCCUUGUUCGAAAUCUGCUAGCAUGCAGCUCCCCGGAAACCACCAACAAUGCACAGAUUGCUCAAGACUCAAGAUUAGGUGGACUGCACAGAUACUCGGACAAUGUUGAACUAUGGGCGGCUUUCCUAGACUCGGAUGCUGUUGCCCAGGAAUAUGAAUGCAUCUUGAGCUGGCUACAGGAGAGAGCUGCAGGAUCGGCUGCACCUAUUGAUGAUCUCCUACGCGAUUUAGCCGAGAAGUCAGAACGCGGCGAGGGCGUUUGGAGUGCUGGACCCAUCUACACACAAACCGCUAUAAAACAACAGAAGCGAACGAGAGUUUGGUCAAAGCCGUUGGAACCAUCGAAUCCUGGCCUGAACCGUACUCAUGUCCGCAAUGUCGAUCGCAAACCUUUAGUCGCGCAAUUAGAUCCUGACUCGAGAACCCGAGAGUCAGCUGUCCUCCAAGAACAGGACGAAUAUCACGAAGAAGCGGCGUGGCAAACGUGUUGGGAAAUGUUGCGCCGUGGUCAAACUGCCGCUGAAAUUCACUCAUGGUGGGCAGAGCGGAAAGAAGUAUGGAGAUAUGAAAUCCUUCGAGGUUGUGGAUCGAGCCCACCUGAAAUGGCAGAAUCACCGUGGCUUCGCAUAUUGAACCUUGCCACGAAUACAGAAUGGCUCGAACGGUGUAGGGCUCUUGCCCACAAUCCUGGCGUCGUCGAUAAAUAUCAAAAGGCCGUUUACGGAAUACUCUGUGGGGACAACGAGGCAACCAACUCAGCUGCGCAGAACAUCGACGACCAGCUAUUUGCACUUUUCAAUGCUCUUCUGAUGGACAGAUAUGAAACCUAUGUCAAGGCGUAUCGAAAGAAAAUUGCUGGACAAGGUCCAAAUGAGUUCCGACCUCAGCCUCCCUCCACAGAUCAAGUCCGACUCCAUACGACGAAGGCCUUCUCCGAUACAUCUAUGAAAGAAGAGUCUCACCUGCCGCAUAGAUUGUUACAGAUGGCCGUCAUGUCCAAGGACUACGAAAACUUCUUCGUAAACAUGGGACAAGCCGUUGCUUAUGUGGCCCAUGCCUUUGGCCAAGGUGACGAUCUCAUCGAGGCUAAUAAAGACCACGGCGACGAGAUUUCCCAACUCAAUGCACAAGAUCACGACGCCGUGAGGAUGGUGGUGCACCUCCAGCUGGUCUUGAAAGCGCUGGGGUUUCUCGACGCCGCCUACGAAGAGCAUUUGUACGUGAUGGAGAACAACAUCGCCAUGUAUAUCAGCUUCCUGCAAAGCAUUGGUAGGUAUCAACUAAUACCAACCUACGCCGCAAAACUGUCGCCUGAUCGUGCGCAACAUGUCUUGGGCACGGUUCUUAUCAACGUGACAAACUCCAAAGAGCGGGACACCAUGGUCAAAUUAAUGAAGCAUGAGAACAUCAACGUUGCUGAAGUGAUCUACGGCAUCUUUUCUCUGGCGAACUUUGCCGAUAUUCAAAAGCUACAGAAUAUACCUGAGUACCAUCCGCCUAGGAUUACCGUUGGAGGAGGAACUGCUAAAUUCGCAGCUUUGAGAGUCAAACAGUCACUGAUGACUGGUCCCGUCACGGAUGCGGACGAAAAGGCAUUGCGAAGUGUUGAAUGGUUCCGGUAUAUCGAUGCUGAGAAUUGGGGGAGCGCGGCUUGGGCUUUUGGUGUUUUGUACAAGACUUUCCUCGCGGAGGGAAAUUUUGUCGCGCUUCGCCAAAUGAUCGAUAGAGUCAGCUUGUCCGAAGUAUCUCUUGCCGCGGUCAAGAUGAAUCUCAUCUUUGCCAACGGUGAACCACCUGCCCAGCCUGACUACACGGAGGAGGAUGAAAUGGAUGAUGAUAGAGUCCAGCCGAUCAGUCCCACCCGUCGAAGAAGAGACCCAGCUGUUGAGCACCCACUAACAAGACCUGGCAAUGACCGCGAGACUUUGGCUUAUAAAUCUUUGACUUGGCGACAAUUGGAACAGCUCACCAUGGCUAUUGAUUCUUUGGACAUCUUCCAAGAAACGGCUGACAAUCUCGAAUCAAAUCGAUCGAACCCAUCACUACUGAGGACAUACAAGCGUGACCUGAAGAAAGCACUCGAUGAUGUGCGUUCCACAAUUAUACCCAUUUUGGACAACGAAUUCCUUUGCCGCCCUCAAGAUGAGCAAGAGGGCGUACAUCUGACUGCUAUUCGUAACCACUAUGUUCCCGAAGUGAUCCUGGCGUACAACAGUGCAUUGUACUUUGCAGGACACUUCAUCUCACGGGCGUGGUUGGUUGAGUGUAUGGAGCUUGCACAGCGAGUUGCUGAGACUCCGACCUUGACAAGUGCUUUUGUCGAGGGAAAACGGAUGCAGGAAUUGGUAAGAGCAUUUGCUGUCGACAGUGCAGCUCUUUUGCAAGCCACUGAGCAGAGCGGACCAAAAGCGAAGAAGAUGAAAACGGACAAAGGAAACAGUGAUAUCUGGAAGGUCAGUUGGAAGGAGCAAGAUGAUUUGGAUCUUGAGGCCAUGGAUUGA